CGAACUUCCACCGCUACUACCAAGCUGAUUUGAUGCUUGCUCAUUGGACAAAAUUUGCGAACAGGCAGUUGGUGGUGAGUGAUAUCAGAGGAUACUAACGGUCAUGAUAUGCACCUCUUCGGCGACUAUGCCGCAUGUUGCCCCGGCCGUUGGUUUUCAACUGUAAGAUCUAGCUCCGAGUCGGGUAUAACUGGAGACAAUCAGGUGCCACAACCGCCCUUCCAACCGUUGCACUCACGUCAGAACCUUGGAAGUCCGUAAGGCAGAACACUGCGAAAAGAGCAGCAUUGAUCUUUUGAUAUUCGGAGAAAUGGCAUGCGGCGUCCGCCCGGGCCAACGGUAUCGGCCACGUCCGGUGCUUGUCUCCAGAAUAAUUGUUCACGUGUAGUCCUCACCGAGUAUUUGUGCGACCAGAGGAGAUCACGUCGAGCACUGAGGUGUGGUUCCUGUGCUUUUGCCGAGGGAGCCGCAAGUGUUGGCUCUAGUAGGGAUCCCAACUGUCGAUGUCUUGGUGUUUCUCUCCGUUUUUGGACCUUGUGGUCUUGGCUUGUUUCUGCACUAGCGCCGUCCAUGUGCUCCGUCUUGGAAUACUCCGUUUAAGUGGAACAAGUGGACUGACCCAUUGGAGUGACCCUUUCUUGAUCCUUACUGUGCUGGGGAAGAAAAAAAGGGCGAGAAGCACCAUGAGUUGGCACUGGACUGAAUGGACCGUUUUCGUGACUGUCCUCAGACCCGUUCGGUGACCGUCCGGAUCUUGGGGUAUCCCCAUGCGCCGCCAUCCUAUUUCACUUACUCAUUUCAUGGAGUCUCAAGCGGGAUCAGGGGUGUUGUCUUGAAGAUAUAAGAAAGAUGGCGGCCCUUACCUCGUCCUACCCCAAUCCACCUUCAUCAUCAGCCCUUGCCUCUCACCGUCUGCUUGAAAGGUGUUGAGACAGGAUAUACUGUUGUUGUUGUCACUGUCCAUUCUUCACGACUUCACGAGACCAUCGACAAUAUGAUCAACGUACCAGUGACCCUCCUCUCGCUGUCGGCGGUAGCCACGGCUGCUGCUUUGGCCGAUGCCAACUCCCAGUCUACCAGCCCUAACCCAAGCCCACGACAACAUGCCAGAGAUACACUCCAGAAGCGUGCCAACUGCGGUGCUGGCAUUGGAAACUGCCCUUCUGGUCAAUGCUGCUCUCAAUACGGCUGGUGUGGCGUCACCUCUGAACAUUGCGGAACUGGUUGCCAAAGCGGCUUUGGAACCUGUACAGGUGGUGGAGGUGGAAACAAUGAAGAAACUCUGUCGACUCCUCGGCCAAAAUUUGGAAGCAUCCCCUAUGGCGUCACCAUCACCAACUGCAACGCCGCGGGCACCAUCGCCCUCACGUUCGACGAUGGCCCCUUCCUCUACACCAAUCAGCUCCUUGACCUCCUCGCCCAGCAGCAAGUCAAGGCCACCUUCUUCACCAACGGCCUCAACUGGGGAGACGCAACCCAAGCACCAUACCCCGAUGUCCUGCGCCGCAUUGUAAACGACGGCCACCAGCUCGGCUCCCACACCUACAACCACCCAGACCUCAACACCCUCACCACCGCCGCCCGCAGAAGCAACAUGGCGCAAAACGAAAAGAUCUUCAAGGACGCCCUCGGCGGGUACUUCCCCACCUACAUGCGCCCUCCUUUCGGCAGCUGCACCGGCCAGUGCCUCACCGAUCUGGGCGACCUCGGCUAUCACGUCAUCAACUGGAACAUCGACACCCUCGACUACCAAGGCAACAUCCCCAACAGCCAAAACAUCUUCAACAGCGCCGUCAGCACCAACGCCGCGGCCAACAAGUACAUCGCCCUCGCCCACGACGUCCACCAGGCGACUGUUCAGCAGCUCACCCUGGGUUUGAUCCAGACCGCCAAGAACAGGGGCUACCGUCUGGUGACUGUCGGCGAGUGCCUUGGUGAUGCUCCUGUCAACUGGUAUCGUGAUGCCACGACUGGCAAUGCUCGCACCGGCGGCGGUGGUGGCAACGGCGGCAAUCCCAACCCCGGCCCCAUCACCUCGACUAAUGGUCUCUGCGGCAGCACAAACGGCAAUAUGAACUGCCUCAACUCUGGGUUCGGUAACUGCUGCUCUCAAUGGGGCUACUGCGGCUCUACCGCUGAGUACUGCGGUGCUAACUGCCAGCGGGCCUUUGGAAGUUGCAAUUAGCUGAGAUAAGAGGAUAUAUAUGUCCGCGGGGACAAUAGGGUUUUCAGUGGGUUUUCAACGGGUUUUUCAGUUAAUAAAUAAUGUUCCUUACAUCAUGUCCACAAAGUGAUGUUGAGCUCUAUGUGCCGAGAUAGUGGCGUUCGAUUAUUGAUCCUGAAAGAAACCAAUGAAAACAACAGACAAGUUGAAGGCUGAUGCUUGUUCAACCGUAGAUAAGGGGGGGGGGGGAACUUAACGGUUGGCCCAGAUGUGGUAGAAAGAUGAGCUUCCUUGGCGUGGUUGCCUCCGGACGCUGCCAUGUUUUGUGUGAUUUUGUGAUCGCGUCAAAGGACAGCUUUCAAGAGCUGUAAAGGGGGUGGAUGUUUCUCAUCCAAUGGAACACAAAGAAGAACGCUGUUGCUAACCGAGCAAGAAGCUUAGACGCCACGAGAAAGGUUUAAUGCAGUGUGCCUGAUGGGGGCGUCAUCUCUUGGUUCGAACUACACAACCAGUCAGCACCUUUCAUAGUUUUUACUGGUGGAACUGACUUAUACAAACGAGAGCGCCACGCUUAUCUCAUUUUCCAUAUUGCUUACCUGCUGCUUCAGCCUCACCGACGUCAUUUGACACUGGGUCCAAUCGGCAGGAAUUCAAGCCAUUUGUACUUUGUAAUACCAAUCAGCCGAGAGUCUAGUAGAUUCAUUGGGUCUGUAGGCGGACAACAAGGGGUUGCGUGGUCACACCGUCAUACUAUCUCGCAGAGGUAUUAGUUCUCGCCUUUGUCCAUGUCCAAGUCGAAUAUCCCAGAGUCUUUUUCGACCAUCAUCUUGAAAGUCUCAGGCGCUAGGGACUGACUCGCCAUGGCAUAUGUAAGUUUGACUUCCACGUCGUUGCUCCCAUCUAUAAUGAGACCGAGGUUACUGACGUAGGCCAGCAAUCCAGUGCCCACUUGCCAAUACCCAACCGCGAGCGCAACGAAGGCGGCGAGCUAGAGGUUGUGCCAUCUCAUUGGUAUCCUCAAAGACCCAUAUCCGCUGUACCAUAUUCCUGGCGUCGAGAGUGGCAGCCACAGGAACAAUGGCAAGGAUACGGCGAAACGGAAGACGACAAGCCCAGCGAAUACUCUCAGAGUGAGAGUGUUUACGAGCCAAAAAAGCAAGCAGCUCGGCACAUGCCAAGACGAAAGAUUUGCGGCCUGAACCUUUCGAUAUUCUUGCUUUCAUGUGCUGUGGCCUUGUUGUUUGUGGGCUUUGCUGUUGCUGCGGCAUUGUUGGGGUCCAAAGUUGCCAAGCUUGAAGCCACAAUGCCACCAGAAACAACACAACAAGCACGAUCUGAUGUUGAGUCAAACAAGAAUGAUGUGACGGGGGGGGUUGGCUCAAAUGACACCCGUGUGGAUGACUUUUUGACGACAAAUACCAUCUCUGAUGGCGAAGAAAGGGGCCACUCCAUCACAGGCAGAAGCGUCAAUGCCUCCGUCCAAAAGACGACUGCCAGUACAGCCAAAAGUACGACGGUCAGUGUCAGCACCCGCACGACUGAAAGCACGAGUCAAGACGCAACCAAAGCGACUGAGGCCGAAACUAGUGUUCUUGUCAGCGAAACUCGAUCCGCCCAGGCGAGUACGGUGCCGUCCACGGCAGGAGAAGUAAUCAAGGCUCAGCAAACACCAUCGAGAACCAUAAGUGCUGUCAUUGCGACUGAAACCACCAUGAUGAAGAAGCGAAUUGCUGGGUGGAGCUAUGUCGGGUGCUUUGAAGAUUCCGGGGACCGCAUUUUGAUGGGUGAUUUCAAGCAACGGAACGAUAUGACAAAUAGCCUCUGCGCCAACAUCUGUACCGACCAGAGAUACAAGUAUUUUGGAACAGAAUUCCACCGCCGUAUGUUUCAACCUCCUUGAGUCCCUGAUGAACUCGAGCAUUCUGGCUAACAAGGCAAUAGAAUGCAUGUGUGGUGAAUCAGUUUCCAGAAUGAUACCAGCAGACGACUGGCGCUGUGAUAGGGAAUGCGGGGGAAAUCCUGUUGAUGAGGUGUUUGAGCCGUGCGGUGGUGAAUGGUUCACAAGUUUGUGGGAAAGACAAUGACCUGGAUGGGUGAUGCUGGGUUCAGAUUGAGCGGUCGAGAGCUGAUGCUUUUGGUAAGGUUGUAAGGGAAAUAACUUU